CAAACUUCAUUUUAUUUGGUGUCACCGCGUUUUCUUGUCCCCGUUCUUGUUUCUUCUCCUAGUCGUCGUCUUUGCUCUUAUUCACUCAUUUAGAAGUCACUCCUUCGUCGCGCAGUCCAGUCGACUGCCUUUUCAUCCCAGCUCAUCUACUCGACAGAUCGGUGCUCCCGUCGAUAAAUACCGUACUCCCCUUACCCGAUAACGCACUGAAGUUUAAGAGCGCGAACCGUCUCCCACGAUCAAGAUGCGAUCCCCAGUUCUCCUUUCCUCACUAUUGCUCGCGGCACCGCUGGCAGUGUCCGCGGCCGGUACCUUGGGGUUUGCUGUAGGCAACACGAACCCUGAUGGGUCGUGCAAAAAGCAAAGCGAUUUCGAGGACGACUUCAAAGCCAUCCAGUCCAACACCGACGCCACCAUUGUUCGAACUUAUUCCUCCUCCGACCAGUACGCGAAUCCGUGCAACACCCCGUCGGAGGUGUUGGCAGCUGCAAAAAGUGCCGGUAUCAAAGUCGUACUGGGCAUGUGGCCUGAUGGAGGUGCCUACGCCAAAGAAAAGGCCGCCAUCGAUGCCGCCAACCCGACGCAAUAUGGAGAUACACUCUACGCCAUCACGCUCGGUUCGGAAGGAAUCUAUCGAGGCACGUACAGCGCCGACGAUCUCGUGGGUUGGCUCAAGGACAUGAAGAACGAUUAUCCCGAUGUCACUAUCGGAACCGCCGACAGUUGGAAUGGCUGGGCGAACGGUUCCAUGGACUCGAUCAUUCGAAACGUCGAUUUGGUUCUCGCGAACGGUUUCGCCUACUGGCAAUACCAAGAAAUCUCCAACGCGACAAAAACAUACUUUGACGACAUGGCUCAAGCUCUCAGUCACGUUCAAGAAGUGUCUGGUAGUUUGGACAAGGUCAAAUUUAUGAAUGGUGAGACCGGCUGGCCGGGAACCGGUGGCACCGAUGCCGGUGCGGCCAAGGCAGGUGACGACAACAUGAAGACGUACUGGCAAUCUGCCGUCUGUGGUCUUCUCGAUUGGGGUGUUGAUCUCUUUUGGUUUGAAGCCUUUGACGAGCCAGACAAGCCGGAUGCCAUUGGCGACAACGGCCAAAAGGCAAGCGAACAACACUGGGGUUCAUUCACAUCCGACCGAAAGCCCAAAUUCGAUAUGCACUGUUAGGAUAGAACAACGACAGGGAAUCUUUCGGUCGAUCUCGGUCAAUAGGUUUUUUUAUGGUACAUAAUUGCCGUUUGGGGGAUGGUACAGGCAGAGCAUUCAGACAACCCCGCCGGCUACGUACCUAGUUGGUUCCAAGCAAGCUGUUAACACGUCGAGUAUUCCGUACCGAGUAGAGAUCAUAUUCAUGUAGGCACAAAAUGUUGUCUUUGGU